GCCGAAAGGGAGGAGUUUUUACGCAUCUUCGGUGACUGUUAUGGCUACCAUGGUCGGCUUCAGUCCGUUCGCCACGAGGAAUUCCGUCGACUGGCGGGUCAGGUGUACUUGGACUAUGCAGGCGCAGCCCUAUACUCAGAGCGUCAGAUACAGGCAUGUUCAGAGGAGCUCCUUACUACGCUCUUAUGCAAUCCGCACAGCGCUCCAGCCUCCACUUCUGCCGACGCGAUGUCGGCUCUGCGGAGGGAUACCCUGGAGCUGCUGAACGCUGACGGCCGGCAGUACGAGGUCAUCAUUACCAGCGGGGCUACGGCUGCCCUCAAAAUGGUGGCGGAGUGCUUUCCCUGGAGCGCCGGGGCCAGCUGUUUAGCGCACCCGGCUGCCGUACACAAUAGUGUGCUGGGCAUGCGGGGUCCCGCGCUGGCGGCGGGCGCGGCGGUGCAGCUCGUUCCGGUGGUAUCCCCCCUCGGUCCCCUCAUCACUGCGGACGGAGGCGCAUCGGAUGGCCUCCGCGGCGGCGGCGGCGGCGGUACGGCAGCCGCAGCCGGGCCCUCGGGCCCCCGGCACCUGCUGGCACUGCCCGUCGAAUGCAACUUCACAGGUGACCGGCAGCACCUGGCGGAUGCCGUACGGAAUGAUGCCGGCGGCGGCGGCGCCGCCGCCAGUGGCAGAGAGAGCCGAGGACGAUGGUUGGUGUUGCUGGACGCGGCAAAGGCCUGCGCCACGGCGCCGCCGGAUCUCUCCGUUGUACCCGCAGAUUUUGUCGUACUGUCGUACUACAAGAUCUUUGGCUACCCGACGGGCCUUGGCGCUCUCGUAGCGCGCAAGGAUGCGCUGGCGCUGCUGGCCGCCGGAAAGUCGUACUUCGGCGGCGGCACUGUGGAGGUGGCGGUGGCGGACCGUCCGUACCACGUCAGACGCCAAGGUGCCCCGGGGUUUGAAGACGGCACGCCGCCCUUCACCUCCAUCGCCGCCGCCCGCCACGGCUUCGCCUUCCUGCACCGCCUGGGCGGUCUCCCUGCCGUACACCGCCACAGCUGCUGCCUGGCUCGCUGGCUGACUAUCCGCCUGGCAGCGCUGCGCCACGCCAACGGCACGCCGGUGUGCAUGUUGUACGGCAGCGUGCUAGAUGCAGAGCACGGCCCCACAGUAUCCUUCAACCUGCUACGCCCCGACGGCAGCUGGGUGGGUUACACGGAGGUGGGGCGGCUGGCGGCCAUGCAUGGGCUGGUCCUCCGCACCGGCUGCUUCUGCAACCCGGGUGCGUGCGCGGAGUGGCUGGGCCUGACCGCGGAGGACCUCAUCCGUCAUCACAAAGCUGGUCACGUGUGUUGGGACGACCACGACUUGGCGGAUGGGAGGCCCACUGGGGCGGUGCGGGUCUCCCUGGGCGCCGUCAGCACGUUCGAGGACGUGCACGCGGUGCUGCAGCUCAUUCGGCGAUACUUUUAUCCCUGUGUUGACCAAACUGCCCGCGGCGGGUGCACUGGCAGGCCGCCACUGGCGGCGGUAGCGACGGCGGCGGCGGCGGCGCCCCACCUCAGCCGCAUCUUGUUCUACCCGGUGAAGUCGUGCGCACCGCAGGUGGUGCAGGCCUGGCCGAUCGGACCCACGGGUCUGUUGUACGACAGAGAGUGGGCCCUUGUGGAUGAUGGCGGCAAGGUACUGACGCUGAAGCAGUGUCCCCGCAUGGCGCUGGUGCGACCCGUGGUGGACCUGACCCGCGGGACACUCACCAUUCACGCGCCACACGACAUCCACAUACCGCCCCUGGAGUUGGCCAUCCCCGGCCUGUUUCACAGCUGCCGCCGCAUCCCCCAGGUCGUCACAGAGGGCGACACCCGCGUUCGCCAGUGGUUUGGUCGUACGCUCGGGGCGCCCUGCCGCAUCGUGCAGCAGCGCACCGGCGCUUCUGCACUGGAGGCCGGCGGUGGCGGGAAGGGCGCCGCGGCUGCCGAGGGGGAGCCCUCCGUGGGCUUUGCGAACGACGGUCAAUACCUCCUGGUUUCGGAGGUAAAUGAUGACCGCCCGGCGACAGCGAAGGCCGGAGGGAGGGAAGAGGGAGGAAAGGGAGGUCACCUCGCGGACGACCUUGUCACGCGCCUCCGUCCCAACCUUGUCGUGUCGGGUUUCCAACCGUACGAGGAGGACAGCUGGGCGGCUGUGCGCGUUGGACCCCUGCAUGCGGACGUGCUGGGCACAUGUCCGCGCUGCGAGCUGUUGCAGGUGGACCCACGGGUCGGUGUACGCCGGGGCGCUGAGGUGCUGGUGGCGCUUGCCCAGUACCGGCGCCGCGGCGGCAAGGUGCAGUUCGGCGUCCUGCUG